CUCUAACAACUAGCUAUACCUUAUGAAUUGAUCAUCCACUCUCAUCAUCAUAUUCUGUUCUGUGAGAUUAGAAAAUCACCAUUAAUACCUUUUGGUUUUCCAGACCUUACAUUAAAUAUGGUGUUUGCCAAAAGUGGUGUCAGGGGUGGUGGCAGUGGUCUAGCUAACAUGACAAACCUACCUGUACGAGUCCUCAUGAGCCGGUGGUUCAUGGUGUUCGCAACCAUGUUAAUUCUGUCAGCCGCCGGUGCCACCUACAUGUUUGGUCUUUAUUCCGGUGACAUAAAAUCUGCCCUCGGAUACGAUCAAACCACCCUUAAUCUUCUUAGUUUCUUCAAAGAUUUAGGAUCCAACGUUGGUGUUUUAUCAGGUUUAAUUAAUGAAAUUUCACCACCUUGGGUUGUCCUUUCAAUUGGAGCUGUUCUCAAUUUUUUUGGUUAUUUCAUGAUAUGGAUGGCCGUGACCAAAAAAAUGUCCACACCUAAAGUUUGGUUAAUGUGUUUGUAUAUUUGUAUUGGUGCAAAUUCACAAUCUUUUGCCAAUACUGGAGCUCUUGUUACAUGUGUCAAGAAUUUUCCAGAGAGUCGUGGUGCUGUUCUUGGACUUCUCAAAGGUUUUGUUGGUUUAAGUGGUGCAAUUUUGACUCAAAUUUACCAAGCAAUUUAUGGUAAUGAUUCUAAGUCUCUAAUUUUGCUUAUUGGUUGGCUUCCUGCUGUUAUUUCCUUUGUUUUUCUACGUACAAUUCGGAUCAUUGAAGUUGUUAGGAUUGCACAUGAGCUCAAAGUGUUCUAUAGAUUUUUGUAUAUGUCCCUUGGCCUAGCUGGAUAUCUUAUGGUGAUUAUCAUACUUCAGAAGAAAUUAGAUUUUACGCGAGCUGAAUUUGGUUUGAGUGCAGCCUUUGUAGUUUUCUUGUUGUUCUUACCGCUUGGUAUAGUGAUAAAAGAAGAAAUUAUUUCGUGGAAGGCCAAGAAACUAGCUUUGGAUAGUAUUUCCGAGGUGAAAGUGAUAACUGAGAAGCCGAAAAGUGAGUCUUCGGCUCCUGAGUUACCACGAUCGUCAGCUGUUAUCGCUGCUGUUGACUUAAAGGAUCCUGAAGUUUCGUGUUGGAAAACAGUUUUUCAACCACCAAAUCGAGGCGAAGACUAUACUAUACUUCAAGCACUAUUUAGUCUUGACAUGUUAAUCCUUUUUCUUGCUACAAUUUGUGGAAUUGGAGGGACUUUAACUGCAAUAGACAACUUGGGACAAAUUGGAUCUUCACUUGGCUACCCAAAAAAAAGCAUUAGCACAUUUGUUUCCCUAGUGAGUAUAUGGAAUUAUUUAGGAAGAGUGGUGGCUGGUUUCCUAUCUGAAUAUUUCUUGAAAAAAUACAAAUUUCCAAGACCUUUAGCCCUAACCAUAACCCUAAUAAUUUCUUGCAUUGGCCAUAUUUUAAUUGCAUUUAAUGUCCCUGGUGGACUUUAUAUUGCGUCAAUAAUUAUUGGUUUUUGCUUUGGAGCUCAAUGGCCAUUACUUUUUGCAAUAAUUUCUGAACUUUUUGGACUGAAAUACUACUCAACUUUGUAUAAUUUUGGGUCAGUAGCAAGUCCAAUUGGUUCAUAUUUGCUUAAUGUAAGAGUGGCCGGUCAUUUAUAUGAUAAAGAAGCAGAAAAACAAUUGAAGGCACUGGGAAGGACGAGACGACAAGGGGAGGACUUGAAUUGUGAUGGAGUUGAGUGUUUUAAAUUGGCAUUUAUUAUUAUUACAGCAGUUACUAUUUUUGGAGCUUUUGUUUCUAUUAUUUUGGUGAUUAGGACAAGGAAAUUUUAUAAGAGUGAUAUUUAUAAGAAAUUUAGAGAACAAGCUAAGGCUGCUGAGAUGGAAAUGGCAUUGGGACAAAAUGGAGGUGUUGUUGUUCAAAGUAAUACAACUAGUAAGGGAUAAAUUGGAAUGGAGAAAAGUCAAAGAGAAAAAGAAAUAUUAGAUAGAUUUGUUAUUAUUUGAAAUAUACUACAUGGUAUAAUAUUUAUACCAUAUAACUUUGUAAGUGUGAUGGAUAAAUUUAAUGGUCAUGAAAUAUAGUUUUGAUGUUUUC